ACUCAGAGACUCAGAUGCUGAACACAAGCUGCAGGACGAACUCUCCGUAGGUUUGAUUUGAGAUCCACCAGGGAAUCUUGAGAAUAAGGAUGAAUUCUGAAGAUUGUUCCAUAACAGAGAAGAGCUCUCUGAAUCUGGAGAAAGGACAAAAAAGAAAUGCCACCAGCCCCCAUUAUGAAACACAUCAUGAAGGGUCUCUUCAAAUUCCUAUUCCAUGUGCUGUAAUGAACGUGGUCUUCAUCACCAUUUUAAUCAUAGCUCUUGUCGCUUUAUCAGUGGGCCAGUAUAAUUGUCCAGAGCAAUAUAAGUUACCAGGGCCUUCAGACAGCCAUGGUUCUUCAUGCUCAGAAGAGUGGGUUAUGUACCGGAAGAAAUGCUACUUUAUUUCUACCACAACAAAGAGCUGGACUUUGGCAAAAAACUCUUGUUCCAAAGAUGGUGCUACUCUUGCUGUCAUUGAAUCUGAAAAGGACAUGAACUUCCUAAAACGAUAUGUGGGAGGAGCUGAACACUGGAUUGGGCUGAACAAUGAAGCUGGUCAGACAUGGAAAUGGUCAGAUGGCAAAGAGAGCAACUGGUUCAACCUGACAGGGUCUGAGAAGUGUGCAUUUCUGAACAGCACAGAUAUCAGCAGUGCAGAAUGUGAAAGGAACUUACCCUGGAUCUGCAGCAAACCCUCCAGAUAAGAGCAAGUGUAUUUACCCAAACCAGUGUCCCUGGAACUAAAGGAAAGCUUUGUCAAAGGAUGCUACUUUGUGUCAGAAAUUUCUAUAAAGACACGAUGAACAAAAUAUUCCAAACAUGUCUGUGGAACAAAAGGGAGAGAAAUUCCAGGAAAAUCUGCACUGUGGACUCAUUCUUCUGUGAGCUGAAAAUAUUGCAGGUUGAUUGCUAGUUCUGUCCCAUGAAUAAGGAGAAUGACUAUUAAACCUUUCAGAUGCACUUUAUGUAUUGAAGCCCAGAAGUAAUAAAAUAGCUAGGUUAGAAGUUAUUAUUUAUUGUUGAAUGACUACCAACAAUUUGUGUCCUUUGUGCAUUUGCACUUCUUGAAGGAGCCAAAUGGUGGUAGCAAAAGGUGAAUGUAAACAAAGGGAAUUUUGACUAGUGAUGGAUAUUCAGUAUAAAUGAAUUUCUUAAAGUUAUCAUUUAUAAGUGAACACAUGUUUAUGAAACUAAGCUGUAUAAUAUUUCUAUUUGGAGACCUUUGACAAGUUAUUUUGUCAUAUUUAUCCCCAAAAGAAUAGCAUUUGUCUUUCGUUUCUUUUUAACUUCCUCAAUUCUAGACAGGUGUUUUUCAAUGGUACACAUUUCUUUACCUUUAAAAUCUUCCAUGCAGUGUUUUUUGAAGAGGAGACAAAAGCAAAGACUAUGAAGAAUAUUUGUAAAACUGAUAAAAAUAUUUGAAAAUGUGCAAUAUAUGAUGCGGCAAAUCUCUAUCAGGAAAUACUCUGUAUUGUUCAAACUUGGAAUAAUACUAGUCUCUUCUGAUAAUAAGGUUGUGCCUUUCCUAAGCAGCUUUGUCACAUGCACUACUUCAUGUGAAGCAUUUUCUGUGCAAUAAAGUAUGUUUGUCUGUUUGUAUUUUGUGUACAGCACAAUUUUAAGUUCCUUUUUUGUAUGUGAAAAUAAAAGUAGAAUCAACACAGUGGUUUCCAAGGAGUGUUCAAACUAUAUUAAACAUUAUGUGAUAUAUUAGAAAUCAGAAAACAGAAUAUUAUGGUUUUUCAAAAAUCCUGUCUAUAGUGAAGCCAUUGUAUAACAUGGUCAAUACAUUUAAAAAAAUUGUUUUUCAUACCAAUGUUUUCUAAAGGGCUAUAUCCAUUUUUCUUCAUGUAGCAGAUGCUCAGUAAUAUUUGGUCCACAUAAACAAUGGCUUAAAAGUAUCUUAUUCAAUUCUGAGGUGCUAUAUACAUUAAUUAUUUACUAAAUAAACAGAAAUGGGACACUGCAUGAUCUUCAUGGGUUAUUUCAAUCAGGAAAAACUUGGAUUACUUUCUUAAUUGUUUUACAAGUAUGUUUCAGUAUUCUUUUUUGUGAACAUUGUACAUGUAUGAUAUGUAUGAUCUCUUUAACCUGUUGUCACCAUCAAUGGCAAAUAGAAAAGAAAAAUGGGUUUAAAAUGCUUCUUGGUAAAAAAAUAAGUUAAAUUUCUUAACCUCUUAGCUCCUCAGUUCCCAUAGUUGUAAAAUGAAAUGCUUCCCUAAUGCUAAUAUUCUAUCAUUAAUGACAGCUUUCUACUCCUGAGUCAUGUGAGAACCUAAUGUCUUAUAAGAUUUUUGUGUUAUGGAAUGUGCAA